UCCGAGAGCGACCCGGCCCGGCAGCAGAGCGAGGAGGCAUCGCCCCAGGAGCAGCAGAAGGCUCCCCCCGUCGCGGGAGGCUUCAACGGCAAUAAAGCCCCGGGGCUGAAGUACGAGGAGAUUGACUGUCUGAUCAAUGACGAGCACACCGUUAAAGGGAGGAGGGAAGGCAACGAAGUCUUCCUGCCGUUCAGCUGGGUAGAGAAAUACUUUGAGGUUUAUGGGAAAAUUGCUCAGUACGAUGGUUAUGACAGGUUUGAAUUCUCUCAUAGCUACUCCAAAGUAUACACACAGCGAGCACCUUACCACCCCGACGGGGUCUUCAUGUCCUUCGAGGGCUACAACGUAGAGGUUCGAGACAGAGUGAAGUGCAUAAGUGGUGUUGAAGGUGUGCCGUUAUCCACGCAGUGGGGACCUCAAGGCUAUUUCUACCCCAUCCAGAUUGCGCAGUACGGGUUAAGUCACUACAGCAAAAACCUGACGGAGAAACCACCUCACAUCGAGGUGUACGAGACGGCUGAAGAGAAGGACAAAACCGGCAGGUCCGCGGACUGGACGGUGCCGAAAGGCUGCUCUCUGUCCACAGUGUCCGAUAAAGCCAAGUUCACGAGCGUCAAACAGUUUGUCGCUCCAGAAAAUACUGAGGGAGUAUCUCUGCAGCUUGGGAACACCCGAGAUUUUAUUAUUUCUUUUGAUCUCAAGUUCGUAACGAACGGGAGCGUUUCGGUGGUUCUCGAGACGACAGAGAAGAACCAGCUCUUCACCGUGCACUACGUCUCCAACACCCAGCUCAUCGCUUUCAAGGACCGAGACAUCUACUACGGCAUUGGUCCCAGGACUAGCUGGAGCACCCUCACCAGGGACCUGGUGACCGACCUGCGGAAAGGCGUUGGCCUCUCGAACACGAAAGCUGUGAAGCAGACCAAAAUCAUGCCCAAGAGAGUGGUGAGGUUGGUAGCAAAGGGAAGAGGCUUCCUCGAUAAUGUCACCAUCUCAGCCACCGCUCACAUGGCGGCCUUUUUUGCUGCCAGCAACUGGCUGGUGAGGAACCAGGACGAGAGGGGCGGCUGGCCCAUCAUGGUGACGAGGAAGCUGGGGGAAGGAUUUAAGUCCUUGGACCCAGGCUGGUACUCGGCCAUGGCGCAAGGACAGGCCAUCUCGACGCUGGUGCGGGCGUACCUGCUGACGAAGGACCACGCGUUCCUCAGCUCGGCUCUGCGGGCGACGGCGCCGUACAAGCUGCCGUCGGAGCAGCGCGGGGUGAAAGCCGUCUUCAUGAACCGGCACGACUGGUACGAGGAGUACCCGACCUCGCCCAGCUCCUUCGUGCUCAACGGUUUCAUGUACUCCUUAAUCGGGCUGUAUGACUUGAAAGAAACGGCCGGGGAGAAGCUGGGGAAGGAGGCGCGGGUGCUCUACGAGCGGGGCAUGGAGUCCCUGAAGGCCAUGCUUCCCCUCUACGACACCGGCUCAGGGACCAUCUACGACCUGCGGCACUUCAUGCUCGGCACCGCUCCCAACCUGGCGCGAUGGGACUAUCACACCACCCACAUCAACCAGCUCCAGCUCCUCAGCACCAUAGAUGAGUCUCCCAUCUUCAAAGAGUUCGUCAAGAGGUGGAAGAGCUACCUGCGAGGCGGCCGGGCAAAGCACAACUAG